AUGUCAGCUACAGGGGAAAUGGAAAAAUUGUCGAUUAAGGAACAACAAGGCGAAGCGCAAGCUACGGCUUCUUCAGAAGACAAAACAGCACCAGCGCAAGAGGAGGAAGUCAUCUUGGGAGAAGAUGGUCAGCCAUUAUCUAAGAAAGCAUUGAAGAAAUUGCAGAAAGAGAAGGAAAAACAAGCCAAAAAAGCUGAAAGAGAAGCCCAAUUAGCCAAAGAGAAGGCAGCUAGGGAACAGGAGGCAGCUAAUGAUCCUGCAAAGGCAAACUACGGGAAAUUGCCAAUCAUCAAUUCUUCUAAAAAAACAGACACCACAAGAGUCAACAUUUCUGACUUAUCUGCUGCCGAUGACGGAAAGACAGUUGUAUUUAGAGCUAGAGUGCACAAGACUAGACAGCAAGGUGCAACCAUGGUCUUUCUCACUUUAAGACAACAAUCCAAUUUAAUCCAAGCUUUGUUAAAAACCAACAAGGAGCAAGAUAACACUGCUAUUUCUAAACAAAUGGUGAAAUGGGCCGGAGGUAUCAACUUGGAGAGUAUUGUGUUGGUCGAAGGUAAAGUUGCUAAAGUUGACGAAUUAGUGAAAUCCGCCACUGUACAAGAUGCGGAAAUUCACAUUACAAAGAUCUUCACCAUCCAAGAAACUCCUGAACAAUUACCGCUUUUGAUCGAGGAUGCCUCUAGAACUGAGCAAGAGGCUGAGGAGUUGGGCUUGCCAGUUGUCAACUUGGAUACUAGAUUAGACGCUAGAGUCAUUGAUUUGAGAACCCCUACUAAUCAAGCCAUUUUCAAGAUCCAAUCAGGCGUGUGCCAAUUAUUCAGAGAAUUCUUGACAAAAAAGAAGUUUACCGAAAUUCACACCCCAAAGAUCAUUGGUGCUGCAUCCGAAGGUGGAUCCAAUGUUUUUGAAAUUAACUAUUUCAAGGGUUCCGCUUUUUUGGCUCAAUCUCCACAAUUGUAUAAACAACAAUUGAUUGCUGGUGAUUUCGAAAGAGUGUUUGAGAUUGCUCCAGUUUUUAGAGCUGAGAACUCAAAUACUCAUCGUCACAUGACGGAGUUUACUGGUUUGGAUUUGGAGAUGGCUUUUGAAGAACAUUACGAUGAAGUUUUGGAAGUUUUGGAAGAGUUAUUUGUCUUUAUCUUCACUGAGUUGAAGAUGAGAUUUGGUAAGGAGAUUGAUACUGUUAGAAGGCAAUUUCCAGUUGAAGAGUUCAAGAUUCCUAAGGAUGGUAAGAUGGUGAAGUUGCACUUCAAAGAAGGUGUUGCCAUGUUGAGAGAGGCAGGUAAAGAAGUUGGUGACUACGAAGAUUUGUCAACUGAGAAUGAAAGGUUGUUGGGUAAAUUGGUGCGUGAAAAAUAUGACACCGAUUUUUACAUCUUGGACAAGUUCCCCUUGGCCAUUAGACCAUUCUAUACCAUGCCCGAUGCAGAAGAUCCAAAUUACUCCAACUCUUAUGAUUUUUUCAUGAGAGGUGAAGAAAUCUUAUCAGGGGCUCAACGUAUUCACGACCCAGAGUUAUUGAAAGAAAGAAUGAGGGCACACGAAGUUGAUCCUAAUGUACCUGGAUUGAACGACUACGUUGAUGCAUUCACGUACGGAUGUCCACCACAUGCUGGUGGUGGUAUUGGUUUGGAGAGAGUGGUUAUGUUCUUCUUGGACUUGAAGAAUAUCCGUCGUGCAUCUUUGUUCCCAAGAGAUCCAAAACGUUUAAGACCAUAG